UAUCAUUUUGAAACCGAAAGAAGAAGUAAAUUAUAUUUUACUACGUAGUUAUGUCUGACUAAUAAAGGAAUCUAUUUUAUCCAUCUUUAGUGUGUCGAAUUAAAUCAGGAUUUUUGGACCCAUCAAUAAUGUCGAGUUCUCCGGAUGAAGACUCUUUUGAUUUGUGCGACGACAUGGAUGAGUUCAAUGAGGAAGACUGUGGAUUAAGUAUUGCAAGAAACCACGAAAAUAUGGGGCAACAAGAUAACAUCGACGAUAGAAGAACUAGUUUGCAGUUUACACCUGGUGCAGGGAAUACCAGUGCAGAAUUUAUUACUAUACAGAAUGAUGUUUUGCAACAGUUAAAACAUGAGAAAGAAGACUUAUCACAAAAAUUGCUUAAACUAGAGAACACAGUUAAACAGAAGGAACAGAAACUAACAUCAAAGGAACGCAAAUAUGUUAGACUUGAAGAAAAAUGCAUACGAGACAAAAAAUCUUUUGAAGAGUGUCAGAAACAGUUGGCAAGUCAGCAUGAGACAGAAAAAGAUAGAAUGUUAAAAGAAAUUCAAAGACUGUCUUGUUUUUGGGAUCAGGGUCGGGCACAAAAAGAACGAAUACAUGAACUUGAAAAACAACAGAAACAGAGCAACAGCAUCCAAACCGAGCUGAAGGGUAAAUUGCAACAAGCAGAAGGAAUGAUUCUUUCUCUUAGAAAGGACAAUAAUUCAUUGGAGGAGGAAAAGAAACGUUUAUUACAUCGAGACAAGGAAUCUUUUGAAGAGAGUCAAAAACCGGUUGCAAGUCAACAUGAGACAGAAAAAGAAGGGCUCUUGAACGAAAUUCAAAGACUGUCUACUUUUGGGGAUCAGUGUCGGGCACAACAAAAACGAAUACAUGAACUUGAAAAACAGCAGGAACAGAGCAACAACAUCCAAACCGAGCUGAAGGCUAAAGUACAACAAGCAGAAGGAAUGAUUAUUGCUCUUAGAAAGAACAAUAAUUCACUAGAGGAGGAAAAGAAACGUUUAUUACAUCGGUUGAGCCAGUUGGCUGGUGCUAAACUUACUCUCGAUAAUCCAAAUAUCGCCGAUCUUAGUGAUACAAAACGACCGACAAAACUGGCAGAAGAGUUCGCUGAGCUUUAUGACAAUGAGUGGACAGAUGCUUUUGAAGAUGUAGAAAUUGAAAAUGAACAAGCGAAAACAGCAUUUAUGCUGAAAGUAUUACAAAGAGCAAGUGAGAUAUGUAGCGAGGUGUCUAAUGCCCAUAUGGAUGGAAUAAGGAAAGGCUUAUGUACGUUACCCGUGCGUACAAAUGAUUCCUCUGGUAGUUCUUCGAAAAUGCAACCUGAACAGAAAAUCAGCCUUACAAUGGAUAACAAGGAGAAGGAAAACGACGAAAUGACUAAAGCUAAACGGUCGCGCCGAAACAGCCAACAGGAACACGCUGAAUCGCAUGUUCCCUCCAUGGUAGUUCCAACAGAGCUGACGCAGAUGAAGGUACAUGAGGUUACUUGUGACCUCAACAUCUUGCGCCAUGACCAGAAGAAAACAGUCAUGGAGCUGCGAAAGUGUGUCGAAGUUAACUUAUCCGAGCACCUCGAGGCGGUUGUUACAGAUGUAAUUGCAAAGGAAAACGAUUUUGACAUGGACCCUCAGGUUGCAGUUUUCAAAUACAUAGCGAAGUGUGUUAACAUAUGUUGGUCUAUGUGUCGUGUCGAGCCUCCUGUAUUUAUUAGCUUUCCAGAAGGACAUGGCGAUUUGAGCCUAGAUACAAAUAUCUUCAAACCAUAUACAAAGACGGGAAAAUUUAUAGACUACAUAGUAUGGCCAGCCGUAUAUUUGCACAAGAAUGGGCCUUUGCUGUGCAAGGGUGUUGCUCAAGGAAGGACUUAACACACUCCUUGAAGAUUGCGUGUAUAUGAAAUCUUAACACGAUUAGUCGGAAAUAUGUGAGCCAUUGCGCAUAAUUUGGUGUUUCCGUUUCGUUCUGAGUUGAUAAUGGAAAUGUUCAAAGUACUCUAUGUUGUAUGCAUCUCAUUUUUUUAAUUAAAUUCCAUGGCCGGAAAAAUCCUCUUAGACAGGUUGAACGCAUAGUUUGGCGUCCUUUACAAACCCUCACCAACAAAUGACAUCGUUUGAAAAUCUCUUUGAAACUACAAUUUCAGAAAUAAUAAUAAUUUCAAUGGCAUUUAGUUUUAGUUUUCUAUUUCACAGAGAUUGUAUAGAACAUUUUUGCUUAUUAAUAAUAUGUAACAACUCUCGAUCAUUACUUAACAGCGCCUUUGUAAAUAAUUUUGAAAUCUUCCGUCAAUGCCGCUCUCACCGGUAUUCGAACUUGCGACUUCAGAAUAAGAAUACCUACACCUUCCAAAUGCAAUAGCCUAUCUCCCAAUGCAAUUAAUUUGCGCACGUGAACUUAUUUAUUGUGAUCUAAGUACGUAUUUAGUUUUGACAGGCGUGCUCAAUGUGCUAUUUAAAAAACUUAUGAAUUUAACAUUUUAAUGAGAAUUUGAUCUAUAUUUUACAUGCAUAUCUGUUUCAGAUAAACAUAAAUGUUUUAUUAAUUUGUUUUCAAGUCAGUCUGCUGUUAUCGUUAUUAUUAUUGUUCCUUCUCAUGAGAAGGAACACUUAUGGUGAACAUGUCACACUUGACUGAGCAGGUAAUGGAUACAAGGGUAUCAUCAAAGGCAUCCGAAUUCCAGUAGGCGCCGCCAUUUUGUACUCAUGCAUAUUCAUUAAAAAUAGCCUCUUUGCCAAUGUGUUUUAACGCAUCUUUAGGUCAAUCUUUAGUGAAAUACAACUACGUAAUAAACAGACCAAAAACAAUAAUUUAGUUUAAACUAUCUAACUCCUAAAUCUUACAUGUCAUAUUGUAGAAUCGAGAUUAACUAAAUGAAUAUUCAUCAUCUAAAAACAGACUCCCGCCCAAAAAUAUCGUCUACUAUUAUUUUUCUCGGUUGCAUUCUUUGCUGCUUCCAGAGGUUCUUUUUACGAUUUUAUUUCAUACCAACUUUAUUUUUUUAACAUUUUAAGUAUAACCAUCAAAACAUACUGCACUAAUAGAUCUAAAGUUAUUCGAGAUUUUUUACUUGUCUGUGAAUGCUAUUGCACGAUACGUACCGUCGCCGGAUUACGACAUUUCAAUUACUUCCCUUGUUUUUAUCUAGAACUGUAUGAUGCAUUUCUUCACUUUACUGAGCUAUAAAUAUUUCGAACUUUGUAAUUUCUUACCUUUUGAUUAAUUGUUUUGUAAUUUUCAAGUUGUGAACUUUUUGUACGCACUUUUUUCAAACCCAUCAGUUUGUUGGUGCCGACUUCUAUAAAAACCCUUUUUCUCCUGGUUUAGUCGUUCUGGAGCUGUAAGUAUCCAUUCAUGCAAUGCAAUUACUGGCAUAUGGCAGAACUUUUCUUCCAUUAUAUUGCUAAUUAAAAUUAGGCAAACAUAUGACCAAAUUCUGAUCUGUGCCACUAGGACAGCUGUCGACAUUGGUUCCCGAAAUUUUGACAGAGUGAUGGUAUUUAUUGUCCGCUGAUAAUAUUUAGGUAUGAUCGCUCAUCUAAAGGUGUUUGUUUAUUAUUUUAAGUUAAAUCAAUGUUUGUGUGAAAUAACUUUAAGUAUUCUUAUAAUAAAUAGAUAAGAAUGCACGUAAACUAGCAAAAACAUAGUUCAUAAUUAUUUUAUUAAAGAUCCCUUAAAAAGAAUAUUUGAUAUGCGCUAGAAGGAACCUUUUGGUAAGCUAAAUCUUGUUAUUAUUAUUAUCGUUCGUGAUGAUGUUGAUGAUGAUAAUGAUGAUGUUGCUGUUGUAUCACUAUAAUCAUCACUAACAUUUUUGUUUUCGUUAUUCUUUUUCAUUAAAUGAACACAACUGAAGAUAAAUGCAAAAUACAUCGAGAGGUAAAUAUAAGUGGCCUAAAUUACGACAUUUGAUAAAUUGCGCAGACAGAAUAGCAAAAUUUUAAUUUCUGUUUGAUGUAUUUUAAUAUAUAAAUGUGCAAAUAUCUGGCGAAACUCGGUGCAUUUUUACUUUUACUCCAAUAAAUUGCACGCUUCUAAAAAGGUAAUUUUGAUAUAAAAUUUAAAAUAAUGCACUAUGGAACGCCUUUACUGCCUGGCGAUGCUCCUAAUUUGGAUGUCCUGUGUUGUGAUUUUUAAACUUUAAAUAUAUACAAACGUUUUAUAUUGAGUACAGUAAACAUGUACAAUCGUCUUUACAUUACAUGUUCUCUAAAAUGUAUUAUUAUUUGGGGAAUUUAUGUUCUCUUGUGACAUAAAUUAUUGUCAUUUUUAGUAGGCAAGUAAAGCUAUAAUUUCUG